AGCCCAUGCCCGCGUAUAAGCCCAUGUUCUUGUAUAAGCCCACCGAAAUGUCCUUGCCACGGUGAAACAGAUAAGCCUAUGCCUAUGGGCUUAUCCGCGGGAUUCUACAAUCUGGACGGAAGUCGAAGCCUCGGCACGCAUGUAUGGUGUGGAUUUCCACAGUAUGCCAAUCUACGUUCAAAGCGCAAACCGGACAAUGAAUGGGAGCUCCUCAAAAAUCAUUUCACCUACUAUAGUAUAGCAGUUCUGUUUUGAAUCGUUCCCAAUGGCCAGCUCUUCGGGCCGGAGGAGCCAGUUCUCCACUGAGCACCUAGUCCCGUCCAAGUAUUUGCUGUGUGGCGUGAACCAGUCCGAGCAUGUCUUAGGGCGAGGUGCGUACGGAGUGGUGUUUCCAGGGGAUUGGCGUGGCACUCCGGUAGCGAUAAAACGACAUCACCCCAUUCUCGUCCUCGAUGAAUAUGGGCAGUCCUCGAUAUUCUAUCGACGAUUUCUGCAAGAGUUUCCGAUGUUGAAGGAGUUGCCGCAUCCGAAUAUUGUUCAGGUGUUUGGCAUGGUGGCAGCGACUGGACCUCAUGACACACCUGGAUUGGUCAUGGAGUGUCUUUCGCAGACAUUGCGAAAACGUUGCAGUGUUCAGCCAGCGUUAUCGCUGUUGGACAAAUGCAGCAUCGCUCAAGGUGUAUCUUCUGCCUUGGAUUAUCUGCAUAGUCGCAGUUUCAUCCACAGGGAUCUGACGACCAACAACAUAAUGCUGUGUGAGGUGGUUGAAGCUGGGGAUGUGCAGCUGAAGGCAAAGAUUACAGACGUUGGUGGAGCUGCAGAGCUGGAUGACAGGACACAGGCGCAGAUGAUGACAAUGAAUCCUGGAGCCCAGACGUACAUGGCACCAGAGACCCAUGGUGUAUCCAAUGAGCCUGGCCGGACACAGUACGGUACUCCUGCCGACUGUUACUCGUUUGGUGUGUGCCUGCUGGCCAUGUGUGUAGGCAGGGAGCCUCCCAACAUUUUCACACUGGCACGCGAGGGAAGAGCGAGAGAUCUCCAAGAUCUUGGAUCUGACCAUCCGCUUCAUGGCAUAAUCAGCAGGUGUUUGAAAGUGGAUCCUGCUCAUCGUCUGAACGCGUCCUCCAUUUGUGCUAGUUUCGGAGCAAUGACUAAGAUCAUUCGCAGGCAGCAGCAGCAGCAGCAGCCUGCAGCCAGCAGUUCCACAGCUGGAGGUACGCAGAUAAACACGAGUGAGCCGUCUCCCGACCAAGCCGAGAUUGCACAUCUGCGUCAGGAGCUGCAGGAGCUGCAGGAACUGCAGGAGCGUGAAGAGCGGCAGCGGGCCACGGCUCUGCAAGCUUUGCAGGAUCGGACGGCCCUGUUGGCAGAAAGAGACGAACUGCUGCGUGAUGCUGAACAGCAGCUGGCCACGGCUCAGCAAGCUGUGCAGGAUCGGACGGCCGUGUUGGUGGAGAGAGAUCAACUGCUGCAUACCAUUCAAGAGCAGCUGACCGCGGCUCAGCAUGCUGUUGAGGAUCGGACGGUCCUGCUUGCGGAAAGGGAUGAACUGCUGAUGGAGCGGGGUGCAGCUCCACAGCUCAGCGCUAGUGCCGAAUCAGCAGACAUGCAAAAUACAAGAGAAUUACUGGUGCAUCUUGCAUCCAUGGAAGGAGAGUUGGGCGAGCUGUCUCGCUGUUCACUUCUCCUUGGUCCACCAGACGUGCCAACACAUGAAACCCAUCCAAAAACUGUGUGGAAGACUAUUGGGAAGCUCCCAAUUCCAGAAGGACAUCUAUCAGUAGUGGCUUCUCUGACAUGCAAUGAUGGUAGGAUCACUGGUGCACUGCUGUCUAGAAGACACCGGCCCAAUUGGAGGAUUGUCAGCGCGGACGCAGAUAACCUUGAGCUAACCGCCUGGGUCGAUUUAAACCUGCCAGAAUAUGUUUGUGGUCAUCCCGAAGAAUCGGAAACAUGCAUUGUUAGGCAGCAUAGAGGCAGUCUGUACUGCCUGGUAGUCCCCUCGGCCACACCAGCUAUUCUCUACAAGCGCACACAAAAUGAUCAGUGGAGGGAAUUGGCACGGUUACCCGAGUAUCGCUUUAGAUUUUUCGUAACUUUCUUUGACACCCAAGUGGUAGUGGUUGGAGGUUCUGCUUCUACGAACACCAGCGUCUUCGUUCCUGCUCGUUUCGACGUCAUUUCCUUUGAUCUGACUGAGGAAAAUACAGAGUGGGUUGUUUGGCCGAACCUCCCUGCAUCAGCCGGCCUGCUCUCAGCACCGCCAGCUAUCGUGUAUGAUGGCCACCUCCAUGUGUUUUGUAGUGAUCACGACAAGCCAGCUGUUGCCUAUACGGUCUUCUCCACACCUGUCACGCGGCCUGUGAGUUUUCGCACCUGGUCCAGCACUGCACUGCCCCAUCCACCGUUCAUGGAGUUCUGCCCGCUACUUUUCAACGGUUUCUUGAUUUGCUUUAGAGCGAACGCUAGUUCGGGCCGGCGUGAAAAUAUUUUCAUGCUGUCACCAAAUUCCAGCCAGUGGUUUCCGCUUCCGUACACCAACACCUUGAACGGCUGUCUCUGCGAAGUUGGUAGCCGUUUGCUAGUCUUCACGCCGAGAAAAAUCAGGCAUCUAUGCUGGGAGCCAGUAGCCAGAAGUCAACCAAGAGGACGGAUGGGCUCUUUGUUACGACGGUAACUGAAGUGAUCAUCGUCUUUUUUUUUUGCCUUUCUACGAAGCACCGGGAUGCUCGCGGGAAAAAUUCAUCAUUGUAGUAGUUCUCUUUGCUAUAAAAUAAUUAAUACAUGUAUGUUUGGAAGUUGGUUGUUCCAACGAGGAAUCAUGCUUCUCGCCGAACUUGACACUUGACUGACUCACGACUGCCUUCCUGAGCACACGAGGGGCACGUCGCACCUUCUAAGUUCACAUGUAUGUUGAUCAUGUUAAACUAUAACUUUACACUCUUAGUGUAAAAGUGUGUGCUUCUUCCAGCCAACUGGAGUUGUUUCUUGGUGGACUUUUGGUAUAUUAUAUUUAUACUUCGAAGUAUCUGAUACUGUAUUGGCUAUCUAGUGCAGGCUUCAGAUAUCCAUCUGUACGUAUGUGUGCUAAUAGCAUUGCAUGGUGUUGUCCUAGAAAUAUGUGCACACCUAUAAUUAUAAUACUGUAUAUGGGUGUGCACACCUAUAUAUAAUCCUGUAGGUACUUAGGUUCAGAACUAGGCCUUGACGGAUGAUGCUAGCAUAAUUUUUCGCAUAAUUCCUACCAAAAUCGAAUAAUCGCAUAAUUCGAGGCAAAUUGCAUACGAAUCGCAUAAAAUUGUAAUAAUCCGCCUGUUCGCAUCAAAUUCCAUACAGUUGUUGUACAUGUUCCACAAGUACAAAUACAAGUACAUUGAAGAUGCACCAGGAAGUUGUAGGUUUACGACUCCCUUGAAUGAA